GAGUGGGAUAUAUUGUAUUUUAUAUCGAUAAAAUUUAGUUACAUUAUGUUUUUGGAUAUUUAUAGGUUAUUAUUUAUUAGAGUUGUAAUAAUUAUUUCAAGUAUAGUAAUAUUUUAUAGUUUAGAAUAUAUAUGUUUAGAUUUAACUAUUAAACGAUUUUAUUAUUUAUUAAUUUUAUUUAUUAUUUCAAUAUGUUUAAUAAUUUUAAGUCCGAGAAUUUUAAGAAUUAUACUAGGUUGAGAUGGUCUGGGAUUGAUUUCUUAUUGUUUAGUAAUUUAUUACAAUAGAAUAAUUUCCUAUAAUUCGGGUAUAUUAACUAUUAUAUGUAAUCGAUUAGGUGAUAUUGGAUUAUUAAUAGGAAUUUGUUUAUGUUCAGUCUAUGGUUCUUGAAAUUUAAUAUUAUAUUUUUUUAAUAUAAGAAUAAUUAGAAUUAUGCUAAUUUUGGCAGCAUUAACAAAAAGAGCUCAGUUGCCUUUUUCUUCCUGACUUCCGGCGGCUAUAACUGCUCCUACUCCUAUUUCUUCUUUAGUUCAUUCCUCAACUCUAGUAACUGCUGGGGUUUAUUUAUUAAUUCGAUUUCAUGAGUUUACUUUAUAUUUAAAUUUAAAUAUUUACUUAAUAAAUUUAUUUAUUAUAACUAUAUUUAUAGCGGGUAUUAUAGCUAAUUUUGAGUUUGAUUUAAAAAAAGUUAUUGCAUUGUCAACUUUAAGUCAAUUAAGAUUUAUAAUAAUAGUAUUAAUAAUAGGAUUUUAUGAAUUAGCUUUUUUUCAUUUGAUUAUUCAUGCUUUAUUUAAAUCUUUAAUAUUUUUAUGUGCGGGUGAUUUUAUUCAUUCAAUAAAUAAUGAUCAAGAUAUGCGUAAUUAUAAAAGUAUAAUAGUAAUUUAUCCAACAAAAAGUUUAAUUAUAAUAUUUAGUUUGUUUAGAUUAAUAGGUUUUCCUUACUUUAGAGGAUUUUAUUCAAAAGAUUUAAUU